UGUCCUAGCCUGAGCCUGCAGUCGCCUGGAGAAGCAUUGCUCGAAGUUCUGGAGGCCAGUUCCUUUCUUGCCACUGGGCCAGUUCUGAUUUGGGGUGCAGGCCGGCCUGGGAUGGCUAAGGAUGCUGCUGGCACACGUUCCAUGGCUAGCCCAUUGGUUGGUGCAGGAACCUUCUUCGGGUAGGAGAUCCACCAAGUGAGAUCCUGUGUCUUCAAUUCCGUCAACAAUGAAGGCCAAAAGCAAAGGGGCCAAAUCCCGACACGUUGCCAAGGAGGACACUUUGCACCAAGAAAUGACCCAGAGGAAGGAGGAACCUCUCAAGUGUUCGCGGCGCAAAGAGAAACGCAACGAGGAGAGCCAGAAAGCCACCACCAGAUCUGCCAAAGAGCUCCCUUGGAGCAGUAAAGACCGGCGCCUGCGAAGGCUGGAGAGCAACGAGCGCGAGAGGCAGCGCAUGCACAAGCUCAACAACGCCUUCCAGGCCUUGCGGGAGGUCAUCCCUCACGUCCGGGCAGAGAACAAGCUCUCCAAAAUUGAGACGCUCACCUUGGCAAAGAACUACAUUAAGUCACUCACCUCGACGGUUCUCAGGAUGUCCAGCGGGCACCUCCCUGCUGUCGAAGCCCCUGCUUCUGGUGGCAAAUCCAAACUAUAUGAACACUAUCAGCAGCAGUGCGAGGACGAGGAGGAACCCAAGGACCAGCUUCAGAAAUACUCCACCCAGAUCCACAGCUUCAGACAAGGCAGCUGAAGUUAGCGGCUGGUCCUUGGGGCUUAGAAAGUAUCACCCAUAGAAUGUGACUUCUCAAGGCGCCUUCCCCACCACAGGAUUCAAGGAGAUCCUUGUUAAACGCUCUUUGUUUGUUUAUGUCCGUUUUCUGAUGAGAAUUCAAAAGUUGGUAAGGUGAAGGUAAAGGUUUUCCCCUGACACUAAGUCCAGUAGUGUCCGACUCUGAGGGGUGGUGCUCAUCUCUAUUUCUAAGCCGAAGAGCCAGCAUUGUCCAUAGACACCUCCAAGGUCAUGUGGCCGGUAUGACUGCAUGGAGCGCCAUUACCUUCCUGCUGGAGCGGGAGUUUUUGAACUACUUUGGCAGAAGCUGGGGCUGACAGCGGGAGCUCACGCCAUUCCCCGGGUUUGAACCUGUGACCUUUCAAUUAACCCGCUGCACCACUGGGGGUUUCUGUGGUACUGUAUAUGUAAUAUACAAUGGGGAGCAAAAUGAACUGAUAGGAGCCUGCCAGUUAGCAAUCACAUUGCCUAUUUUUUAUUUUUCCAUUUUUUCUUCCUGACUGAAACUUAACUUUCUGUGGUUCUUGUGAAUACUCAAUCCCCAUUGUGCCAUUUUCCCAGAAUUGCUGCUGCGGUCUUUCAGUCAACAAGCUCAGCAGCUCAAAGGUUUAACCCACUGCACCACCAGGGGUUUGUGUGUGUAUGUGUGUGUGUGUCUAUACAUAUAUAUAUAUACACACACAU